AUGGCACCUUGCACUCAUCUUUGGGGCUUGAGGGGCCUUCGAACCCGUGUAGUCACGGUUGGCUUUCGGCGCCUGUACUCGAGCAGCGUCACGAGCAAGCAGACACGAUUCUCCUACUUUCUGCCGGCGCACGCGGAGGAGGACCAUGGUCACAUAUUUUCCAAGCUCGAGGAAAGUGGCAUCUUGGACAACCCUGACGGGCAUGAUGCCGCGGUGAUCCUUGCCACCCCCAACUUUGCCAGGCAGCUGGAGAGCAGCGACGUGGUUGGGAGAUUCGCAAAGGCGCUCUCCGGGGCUUCUGGUGUUGGCCAUUUUCAUAUGCUCUGUGCGGUAGUGGACCAUGUGACGCCAGCGCUCGGCGAGUCGGGCAAGAUGCACGGCUUCUCCAUCCUCCGAGGGCGCCUGGACGAUACUCUCCCUGAGCUCUGGCUUCCGUCUCCGCCGAAGUCCAGAGAUGACGCGGAUUCCGUGUCCGCAUUGACCUUCAGCCUAGGCAGCCCCUGGGUCACUCUUCCUCUUGCCAGGACAACCUUUCACAACAACCGGGCGUCAACUCUCCUAACAUCCCGUUUCGACUUGACACAAGGCGCGCCGAAGCUCGCACAAAGUGGCGAGAAGCACUCGCAGCGUAUCAACGUGUCGCUCGAUGAGCCCCUGCAGUCCACUUCAGAGCUCGGUCUGUGGGCACCGCUGUCUCCGAUAACGCGUGCCCGAGUCGUUACGGAGAGUUUCGGAAACAUUAUCCGUGGCGUUGAAGUAGACGGCAAGUCACAGCCCGCGUCUACUGAGCUAGAAGACUCGGUCAACACAAUGUUCAAGUACAGGACGGCAGCGACAGGGCCCAUGGGCGUUUGGGCAAUGGUGUCCCCGGUAGCGGAACCGGACAACGCCCCCGAUCCGACGCCAAUCCUAGAAGGCAAGGGAGCCACGCGAGACGCCGUCGAGAUUACAGCAAAGUAUAUCGAACAGGAGUUUAGCUCUGGCGCGCACCUUUACCAAAUCUUGAGCGGUGGAGGAGGUUGGGGGCCUAAGAAGGGGCUUCUCUCGCUCGACCCGCAGCGGACGCACUUCUCUCUGUCCGAAGAGGAAGAGAUGGCCCGCUUCAUGCAGACCAUGGAGAAUUCUGGGUUUGCACCCACCGGGUCACAAAUCCAAUUCUUUAUCCCCGCGCAAGCUCCCACCGAGGACGUCUUGUCCACGUCGUCGGGCGUCAUCUUCGGUGUACCCGGAGAAACGGAAGCUUCAAAGGAUGCCGAUAUUCCGGCGGGCGGGUACCUGGUGGACGGCCAUUUUGGAGGACUGUCCAGCAAGGGUAUCUUUGUGUCUGGGCCCUCGAGCUCAGAAGCUGGGCUUACUGAAGAGUCCAAGCUGAGCGUUCCCAACUCACGGGUGUUUGCUGGUAGGGAGGACGGUGAAGGCGGCGGCUUCCUGGGAUUCCUAGGAGCCGGAGCGCUGGCGGAUGCGGGCACAGCUGCUCUGAUGUAG